GUCUUGGCCCCUCUCUGGGGCCCUCCCUUCUCCAGUCCGAAGGUAAGAGGAGGAACUUUUGUCUGCCCAGCACGGUCUCUUAAGAAGUCCUCCUCCCCUUACAGGCUGGGGGAGAUGAGGAAGGAGGGCGCUUCUUCGCCCCACCGAUCUGCCUGGAGAUGAUCUAGUUGGGCAGGGGAGGGCAGAAGUGAUCCGCGCUUUGCUGGCCGAAGGAAGAUCCGGCGGACAUCGCCGGGUCGGAGCCGACCCCCUUCCCUUUAUGUAGCUGCGCCUCGCAUCAGUAGAGUAAAGCGGUGGGGACUGUGGAAGCUGAACGCAGCUGUUGCAGCAGUUGAUUGGAUUAAGACUUCUCUGUGCCUCCACUUUCUGCGAGAAAGAUCAGGCUGCUCAGAUCCACCAGGCUCCGUGGUCUCUGCUUCUCCCUCUCCUAGUUGGGUGUGUCUUGGGGGUCAACAAGCAGCAGAGCCGGGGUUGAUGUUUUACCUGGAGAGCCCGUUCACUGAGAGAGGGGGAAUCUCUUCCCUGGCACACCUGCACUCUCCACCACUGGAGGGAAACAGCCACCUCCAGCACAUGGAUGGCAACAGGAGCCUGAAUGGGAGUGAUGGUGGGCAGAAGGACAGCCUUCCUUACCCGUUACCCACCACACUGGUUCUCAUCUGCCUCGCUACGCUGCUCAUGCUCGUCACCAUCUUUGGCAAUGUCUUGGUCAUCAUUGCUGUCUUCACUAGCCGGGCGCUCAAGGCCCCACAAAACCUCUUCCUGGUGUCCUUGGCCUCCGCUGACAUCCUGGUGGCCACCCUGGUCAUCCCCUUCUCUCUGGCCAACGAAGUGAUGAGUCAGUGGUAUUUUGGCAAGGUGUGGUGUGAGAUCUACCUGGCCUUGGAUGUACUGUUCUGUACCUCUUCCAUUGUACACCUCUGUGCCAUCAGCCUAGAUCGUUACUGGUCCAUCACCCAGGCCAUUGAAUACAACCUCAAGCGCACACCCCGACGCAUCAAAAGUAUUAUCUUCCUCGUCUGGGUCAUCUCAGCAGUCAUUUCCUUCCCACCACUCAUCUCCAUCAUGAAGCAGGGUGAGCCUGAGAGUCCCCUCAGUGAACAAACUGAGUUGAAACCAGAGAGCAAGCUACCCAGCUGCAGUAUCAACAAGGAGACAUGGUACAUCAUAUCUUCCAGCAUUGGUUCGUUUUUCGCUCCUUGCCUUAUCAUGAUUCUUGUUUAUGUCCGCAUCUACCAGAUUGCAAAGAGGAGAACUCGCGUGCCUCCCGGCAAGAGAGGAGAGGCCGUAGAGAGGAGGCAGAAUGGGCUGGCUGACAAGGAGGACAUGCCUGCCGCGACCAAACUGAAUGGGGAGACGGCGGCUGUGGCAGGAGGGAGCCAGGUAAGGGAAGAAGUCAAUGGCAUAGACUUGGAGGACACCUCCUCUUCCGAACACAAUGAGAAUCAUCCAUCCAGGAAACCAGAGAGGCCACAGAGAGGCAAGGGGAAAACCAAGCUAAGCCAGAUCAAGCCUGGGGACAGCUUGCCCAGUCGAUCAGAGGAGGAGAGGAACGCCAAAGCUUCCCGAUGGAGGGGCAGGCAGAACAGAGAGAAGCGCUUCACCUUUGUGCUUGCAGUAGUGAUAGGGGUAUUUGUGGUUUGCUGGUUUCCGUUCUUCUUCACCUACACAUUGACUGCUGUUUGCAAGAGCUGUUUUGUACCUGAUACCCUUUUCAAGUUCUUCUUCUGGUUUGGUUAUUGCAACAGCUCCCUGAACCCUGUCAUCUACACUAUUUUCAACCACGACUUCAGGAGAUCCUUUAAAAAGAUCCUCUGCAGAAUAGACCGAAAAAGGAUUGUGUGAGGAAGGGCCUGGCUUUGUUUGCUGUUUUUCUCAGGCUCUGCUCUGGCUGGAUUGUGGAAGUGGCUGACCUCUUAAUCUGAUUACUGAGCUUUGACUCCUCAAAGACUUCAGGUGAGAAGAAAUGAUUAAAACAUUAAUGCAAAGCCUCAAUCCAAGUAGAUAGAUUCCUGCUCAGUGAUGGAUUUAAAGACCUGUUUGUAUGUAUUGUUUCUGUACACUUCUAAAAUUGACUUCUUGCAAACUGAAACAAACCAACUGGGUGGGGAAAGGAACAGAACUGAAAGAAGUCAUAUCUUUCAAAACCACUUUCUUUCUAUUUGCCUCCUCCCCAUGUCCCUGAAAUCCUUGUAAAACUACAGUAUUGCACGUUUGAGAUCUAUUCUGUACAUCUUUAACUUUUGUAGGAGAAAUCCGCUCUGAAACCGCUUUAACUAUUACUUGGGAAGUCGAAGUAUAUGUAUAAAACAAAGCAAAACAUCUGAAUGGACCACUGGAGCCUUCUCAUCAAUCUUAAAAUAUGAUAGUAUUAAAGACUGAGAUUUCCAAUGUGGUGUUGGAGUUUGGGCUAUAAAACUGGUAACAUAAACUUGA